ACCUAAUCAUACCAAAAAAAAAAUGUGACAAACUCCUACCCAUAUUUCUUCAUACUCCAAACAUGAGCAGAAAUCCGAAAUGACGACUCAACAAUCUCUAAAUCGUGCUAAAUACAAAUCCAUCUUACCUAUCGCGUUGGCAUGUGUACUUAUGCUAGGUACCGCGAGGCUAGUGUUCGACAACCUAAAGAGUAUCCGGGAAACCAUUUUCGGCCACUGGCAAUUUUGGUUACGAGGGACCGGAUUUCAUAGGUACAUUAUCAAUUCUUUCGAUGAUGACGAUAAUAGUUAUGAAGAUAUUGAAGAUUGUAAUGUUUUCGAUGGGAAAUGGGUUUGGGAUAAUGAGUCUCACCCGUUUUAUAAUGAGGAGAGUUGCCCUUUUCUGGUUAAGCAAGUUACUUGUCAAAGAAAUGGGAGGCCUGAUAAUUUUUACCAGUUUUGGAGAUGGCAGCCUAAUGAAUGCAAUUUACCAAGGUUUAGUGCAGUAAAGCUAUUGCGUAUACUAAGGAACAAACGGUUGAUGUUCGUAGGAGACUCGAUUCAAAGAGGUCAAUUCGACUCGAUGGUUUGCAUGUUACAGUCUGCAAUUCCUGAUGGAAAGAAAUCACUUGACAAAGUUCCUUCUAAGAAGAUUUUCUAUGCUCAGGAAUAUAAUGCAACAAUUGAGUUCUACUGGGCUCCAUUCAUAGUUGAGUCGAAUUCGGACCAUUCCACAAAUCAUACAGUAAUUAAGAGGCUGGUUAAGCUUGAUCGUAUAGCUCAUCACAGCGAAAACUGGCAAGGAGUGGACUAUUUAGUAUUUGAAACCUAUGUUUGGUGGAUGUACAAGCCUAUAAUUAAUGUAACGUACGGAAAUCUCAAAGAUGUACACGAAUAUAAUGUUACUACAGCUUACAAAAUGGCAUUACAAACAUGGGCAAAUUGGUUGGAUUCCAGCAUCAAUUCUCAGACACAGAAAGUGUUCUUCAUGAGUUUGUCUCCUACACAUUUGUGGAGCUCAGAAUGGAACCCAGGAAGUGAUGGAAACUGUUUUAACGAAAAGGAACCUAUCCAUGGACCGUACUGGGGGAUGGGUACGAGUCUCGAAAUCAUGAAGAUAGUGCAGGAAACAUUACAAGAAUUAAAGAUAGAUGUAACAUUUAUGAACAUUACUCAGUUAUCAGACUUCAGGAAAGAUGCACAUACCACAAUUUAUACAGAAAGGAAAGGCAAACUCUUAACCAAGGAACAAAAAUCUGACCCCACAAACUUUGCAGAUUGCAUUCACUGGUGUUUGCCUGGAGUUCCUGAUACAUGGAAUCAUAUUUUGUAUGCAAAUUUGUUACAGGAGUUUUAUAAUUGACCGAUUUCUUUGUUA